AUGGAAACGUUUAGGGGAAAAAUCCAAACGGUCAAAGAUGCAAUGAUAAUUUUUGAAGCAUGUAGACAAGGAAUUCUUCAUAUGACUAAGCGUCGCUUGUUGGAAAAGGAAAAGGAGGAGUUGUGUAGUGGCCAAGUGUACGUGUUCGAUGAAACCGAGUCUAGCAUUAAACGAUGGACCGAUGGACGUCUUUGGUCUCCAAGUCGCAUUAUCAAGGAUUUUUUGGUUUACCGAGAGUUGGCCACACGUGACCGCAGUGUCAAAAGAGAUGAACCUAUCGAUGAAUCCUUACAAAAACGAGUGCAAGCCGAAGGAUUAAAGGUUCACCAAUGCAGCAAAGGAACUUUUGUGCUCAGGAACAAUGGUCUGCUGAAAAAGACUAUUUCUAUCAAGUUCAAUGGAACCUACCAACACAUGAUAAUCUACGAGGAUACUUCAGAGAGCGGAAACAAUCUACUACCGCCAGAGGCAUUCGAGGAACUUCGUCACAUUCAACCCAGUGAAGAUAUCAUUAAAAGCGAGAAAAUGCCCAAGAUAAAUCGAAACUCUAAGAAAAACAAGAGGAAGAAGCGUUCAUUGAAACAUAUUGUCAUGGAUGAUUGCUUCUUAUAUCAAGGUGAUAAAUUUUUUGUGUGGAAUCACGAUCAUGAUUCGAACAGUGACGGUUUAUCCGAUAUUCAAGACGAGCAAGAAUAUGCUGCUACCGGCAACAUUAUUUCCGCACAACCCUCGUCAAUCAUACAGCCAUCGAUCACUAAUUUAUAUUCCGCUGGUGUGAAUCAAGCAACAACCAACAAUAGUAUCGCGCCUUUACUUUGUAGCCCUUGGCCACCAAUUUCCACUACACCAUGUUACGACUUGAUGAUUAGGGAGGCAUCACCUUUGACUAACCGCUCCUCUUCAACAACCUAUCCUCCAGUAAACCUUACUCAAGAUCAACACCCUGCCGAUCCCCAGCAUCAACAAUUAUUACAAUCUCCUUACAUUUUACACCAAGACUAUUCACAGUUCAUUAAUCCCUCUGGUGCUUUGUCAGGCAAUCAAAAUAAUCUUGUCAACCAUUAUCCUACUUCGGGAAACGCGAUUGUCACAAAUUCUAGUAUCGGUGUUACUGGUGGGGAUAAUAACGGUGGAGGAUUAUUCUUUUACCAAUAA